CGGGCGUAACUGCGAACUUUUGUUUGGUGUGUUGUGUGAGUUAGUUUCCGCCGCCGGGACAGAGGCGCCGGCCGGGCUGGGCCGGGCUCGGGGAAGCGCCGCACGGUCAAAGUUGUUUUGCCAGUUGCUGCGGCCGGGUCGGUUUCUCGACCGAAGGGUGAGAAAGUACCGGCGACAGAAGGACGAGCCGCGGCCCGGGGAGCGGGGCAUGCGGGGCUGGGAAUCCGGGCUCUGAGCCGUCGAGCCCCGCCAGGGAAACGCCGGGGGGUCCUGACGGAGCCAUGGAUCCCGGGCAGCCUCAAGCGCAGCAGCCGUCGCAGGCAGCGCAGCCCCCGGCCCCGCAGCAGCAGCAGCAGCCGCCGCAGCCCCCGGGCGCGGUGUCGGGGGCCGCGGCCGGCGCGGCGCAGCCCCCGGGCGGGGGGCCCCCUCCGGCGGGGCACCAGAUCGUCCAUGUGCGGGGCGACUCGGAGACCGACUUGGAGGCGCUCUUCAACGCCGUGAUGAACCCCAAGGGCGCCAACGUGCCGCACACGCUGCCCAUGCGGCUGCGGAAACUGCCCGACUCCUUCUUCAAGCCGCCCGAACCCAAGGCCCACUCCCGCCAGGCCAGCACUGAUGCAGGGACAGCAGGAGCCCUGACCCCACAGCAUGUCCGAGCUCAUUCCUCUCCAGCAUCACUGCAGCUGGGAGCUGUUUCUCCAGGGACGCUUACACCCUCUGGAGUAGUGACUGGACCUGGAGCUCCAUCUUCUCAACAUCUCCGCCAGUCUUCCUUUGAGAUCCCUGAUGAUGUACCUCUGCCACCAGGCUGGGAGAUGGCUAAGACACCAUCUGGACAGAGAUACUUUCUUAAGUUUUGUUUUCUUCUAAAGACAAACAAGAAUUUGAUAUUUCAAGAUGAGCGUCUUCUGGACUCUUACCCUUUUGCCUUUCUUCUUCUGUGUGCUGAAGAUGGCAAAGAACUGUGGGUUUCUUAGUAGUCCUCUGGUUUGUAGCAUAGGGUGAACUGUAACCUGUCAGUCACAUAAUGGAGACUCUUACUCAAUAAAAAGCAGCAAAAUAAUAAAACUAUGUUAAUUUGAAAGUUCCCGUGAAAGUAAGACCAGGUACUACCCCACCAUUUUGUU